UUUCUUUCCCAUCCUCGGCGGACAUUUUGUUUGCUUCAGGUAAUCGGUCGGAUUGGUCUCCGAAGAGGUGACGAGAGGGGGAGGAGGUGAGCGCGACGGCCCGAGGCUCGGUGGUGCCAGCGCCCGAGUCGGGCUCGGGAAGACAGUCCCGGGUCCCUGAGCUUGCCGCCCUCUUCCCUAGCCCACCGGCCCAUUGGCGAUCGCGCUGGCGGACCCGGCGCAGGUUCCUAUGAACUCGGAAAUAAUUAUGGAUCCUAUACAGGUGCAGGUGAACUUUGAGGAUGUGUUCGUGGUCUUUUCCCAGGAUGAGUGGGAGCUCCUUGAUGAGACUCAGAGGUGCCUGUACCACAAUGUAAUGCUGGAGAAUUUUGCACUUAUGGCCUCACUGGGUUGUUGGCAUGAGAUGGAGGAUGAAGAGAGACCUUUUGAGGAGAGCAUUCUUAUAGAAGGAGUGUCACAGAUUAGGACUCCCAAGGAAGACCUUUCUAUGCAGAAGACCCACCCCUGUGAUAUAUGUGGCCUCGUCUUGAAAGACAUUUUGCAUUUAGCUGAACACCAGGAAAUAUACCCUGGGCAGAGAUCGUAUAUGUGUGUGGCGUUUGAGAAACAAUUCUGGUUCAGUGUGAAGCUUCACCAGCAUCAGAAGCAUUACAGUGGAGAAAAACUGUUUAGAAGGGAUGAAGGCACGGCCUUUCUUGUUAACAGCUUCCCUCGCCAACUAUCAGAGAGGCCUUUUAUAACAGAGGAGAGUUACAAAGACUUCCCACCUAGUUCAAGCAUUUAUCAACACCAUGCCCCUCAUAGUGAGUGGAAACCACAUGGGAAUACCAAGUGUGAGGAAAACUCUCACAGAGGACAAAGGCAUUAUAAAUGCAGUGAAUGUGGUAAAGCCUUCAGUCGCAAAGAUUCACUUGUUCAGCAUCAGAGAGUUCACACUGGAGAAAGGCCUUAUGAAUGCGGAGAAUGUGGGAAAACCUUCAGCCGCAAACCCAUACUUGCUCAGCACCAGAGAAUCCACACUGGAGAGAUGCCUUAUGAAUGUGGCAUAUGUGGGAAAGUUUUUAAUCAUAGCUCUAACCUUAUCGUACACCAGAGAGUACACACUGGAGCAAGGCCUUACAAGUGCAGCCAAUGUGGGAAAGCCUACAGCCACAAAUCCACCCUUGUUCAGCAUGAGAGUAUUCAUACUGGAGAAAGGCCUUAUGAGUGCAGUGAAUGUGGGAAAUACUUUGGUCAUAAGUACAGACUUAUUAAACACUGGAGUGUUCACACUGGAGCAAGGCCUUAUGAAUGUAUUGCAUGUGGGAAGUUCUUCAGUCAAAGCUCUGACCUUAUUGCACACCAAAGGGUUCAUAAUGGUGAAAAGCCUUAUGUGUGCAGUGAUUGUGGGAAAGCCUUUAGCCACAAACAUGUACUUGUUCAGCAUCAUAGAAUUCACACUGGAGAAAGGCCAUAUAAAUGCAGUGAAUGUGAGAAAUCCUUCAGGCAAAGAGCGUCUCUUAUCCGCCAUUGGAAAGUUCACAGUGGAGAAAGGCCUUAGGAUAAUAGAGAACAUCUUUUUGUUUAACAUGACUGACAUCAGAGAGAAGCUCUAAGAGUAACCUUUGCAUGUAGCCAUCAACCAGGAGCUGAACAUUCAAACACCUUGGGGGAAUUCUUUUUUUUUCUUUUUUUUGAGAGGUUUUUGCUAUAGGGUGCAUGCGCUCGCCAGCC